AUGCCCGACGCCUACUUUCAACAAGGUUCCACGAUGACUAUGAAUGCUCGUAGGCAGUACAGAUCAGUUGCAUUCGGAACAUGGAAGGUCGGUGGAGCGAGGAAUCUGACGGAACGACGGUCGGAAGAGCCAAUGUCUAGACUCAAAUGCUCCUCUCCGGAACUACACCAUCUGUCAACAGCCGCCGCGUCUUCAACUAUUUCUCCAAUCACUGGUUCUUCUACACUUGGUCCUUCAUCUGGUCUUCUGAGUGUCGAUAAACGGCACAGUCGUCUCGGGGAGAGCAGUCCAAACCUUUCACGCAUUCACCAUACUCACACACAAUUAUCACUAGGUCUUCCUAACAAAAUGAAUCACACCAACGACUUCUUCUUAAGCACGGAAUACUGUCAAUACGUGAGCAGUAGAGAUGAUAUUAACUCGUUCAACGGCAAUUCAACCGGCAAGUCAACAGAACCGAUCCAAGCGGCGUUUCUUCGAAAAUCGCGAAAGGAUGGUGGUGGACUGCUCCAUCUAGACGACGUUUCCACAUCACAUCAUCAUCACCAACAAUCGAAAAGCGCACGGAAUUUGAAGUAUUCGCAAAGUUCUCGUCGGAAAUACGAACAGACGAACAGUGGUAGCUCGACGGACGAUUCUGACAGAGGAAGUGGAACUAGUGCACAUCAUCGAUCGCACAGUGCCGGUCCUCACACAACAUAUUCAACAACCUCUACACACGCCAUCUCAACGACCGAAAUGAACAGAUCCGGAGUUAUGCCACGUGGAGGUGCUGGUUCUAACGGAGAGAGCAAUACGACGUUCCUUCGUGCAACGAAGCGAUUCUUCAAAAAGAUAUACACAUCAGCCACUCUUCCAAAGAAACAAAAUAGCACAUCAGUGGACAACUUCCAGAAGUCUUCUGUGUUUUUCGAUGACGAGAAUCAUCAAAUGCAUCAUAACCAAAUCGAAAGAAUGCAGAAGAAGGCGCCGUUGUCGUCAGAUGAGAAUUAUUAUUCGAAUCAUCUAGAUGACGAUUAUGACGAUGAGACGAUGCGUUCUGAGAAUGCUACCAUGGACAUCAGUUAUCCAGACAGUGGAUUCGAGAUGGAUCGUGCUUCGACUCCAGAACAGUCUAGUGUAUCCAUGACGUCUACAUCGAAAAGUGGAGAUGAACCGGUCAAUUUCAACAACCUAUUCGAACAGUUGAAGAGAGAAAUGAAAGAAAUGCGAGAACGAGAUGCUCAGAUUCUUGCCGAUCUUCAACGCGUCGAAACUCAAAUCCAAACAGUGAAGCAGGCUCAAAUCCUGGCUUCUUUGCAAGACGAAUUCGAGCCGGUGGAAAGCAUGCAACUCUAG